AUGGAGGUCCAACCGGCCUCACCUAGCCCGAGCAAUGGCAGCGCUCUCCCCGUGGAACUUCUCGUUCUUAUCGCCGAAUUCGUUUACUGGUGUGGUCAAGGCUCAGUCAAUUGGCAUCUCGAUCGCCAGGUAGCAAUGCACAACUUUUGCCUUGUCGGAAAACUGUGGUACUCGGCCGGAAUCGAGUUACUGUACCGCAGUCCCCAACUCGCCCGCGGCAACAAAUUCAGUCUAUUUGCCUCCACAGUCAGCCCUCGGAUCACUGCCAAUAAGCAAAAGCUGAACCUAGGCCAUUUAGUGAAGGAGCUUCUGUUACACGAGCUCGUUCACCAGAGUUCCCCUAGUCAACUAGCACGACUAUUGAAAGCGACCAGCAAGCGCCUCGUCAUACUUAGAGCUCCUCGUGUCUCCUUUGCUGUCAAUUGCCUUCCAGCGCUUUCCAAGAGUCGAUCUCUGCGGUACCUUGACUUGACUCUGGUGAUAGAGAGGUCCAUUACCUUUCCAAAAUUGAAGAAAGCAAUCAGCGGUCUUCCCGAACUCAAAUACAUCAGUCUACCAAGCUUCAUGGAACUCACUAACACUGGUGCCGGUGAACUUCAGUGGCCACAGUCGCUCCGCCACAUGAGUAUCGGGGGAUUCGCGGGAUACAAUGACACCACAGCCAUGCAAUCAUUUCCUUGGCCGAAUAACUUAGAAAGUCUGGGUAUUUUCGCACACCAUGGCUUAAACGAGAUCUCACUGCACGAUACGUUAGCCAAUCCGCAGAUUUGUCAAGGGCUCAGGCAGCUUCACAUCGACUUCAAUGGUGAUUUGCUUCUAUCGGAAGGAGGAGGAUUAUCGAGGAUCAUUGCUUCGAUGGAGAAACUUUACUAUCUUAAGCUACCAGGAGAUAUGUUCAUUGAGAUUUGCAUGCCUUAUCUGGAUACCGAAUCUCUCAUCUAUCCCAGGCUGCGAGUUAUUGCGGUUACCGCGCCUUCUUCGGGACAGUCCUCCGGGCACAGAGAUAUCCCGGAGUUAGUCCUUCUGGCAUUGCAGGGAAGACUCCGCAAUUUAUGGAGUCUCAAUGUCGACCCGGGAUUCAUGUUACAACUGGAGAGUUCACAACAGAUCGAUGAUGAACUUUGGCUCCGUGUUCCCGACGACGAUGACGCCGAGUUUAACGAUGAAGAGGAACCUCCCGAAGACGCCUUGUACUGCGAAUACGGACUCAACACCAUCUAA